CACAAAAAUGCAUUUCCCAAUCAUUAGCUAACAUGUGGAAGCUGUUCGCUUGACUGUCAAAUUCUACCAAAUGCUUGCUAAAAACAUAUCUUACGUUUAUCACUGGACAGUUAGCUAUCAACCCAUCUGAAGAUAUCUGGAUUUUUCGUGUACAAUACUUAACUUUAUUCUUCAGCCUAAUCACUGAAAGUGGAUUGGUAGCUAAAUUAUUGGUUAACGUUAGCUAGCAUGUCCUCGAAGUCUUUUCUCCAUUGUUUACAAUACUAGCCGAGUCAGUGGGUUAGUCAGUCAAGUCAUCUGUAGAUCGCUAAUUAACGUAAGUGCAUUAUCAUGUCAGCUUGCAAGCGUUUGCUUUACAUUGUAAAACACAGAGGGAUAUGGCCAUCGAUAUGGAGGAGAAAUGUCACCACUUGGUCACCUGUAGGAGCUGCCUUCAAUGCCAAACCUCACAGAAGAAUUGAGUUGUUUGAAAAAAAUGUGGGCUUGUUUGGAGUCCCAGAGCUGAGCUCCCCUGCUGGCUUCGAGGUGACCACUAAAAGGGCUCUGAAGGACACACAGGAGCUGGUGGAUAAAGUCUGCAGCAGCCCUCCUGGAGCUGUUACUGUCGAGACUUUUGACCAACUCUCAGACGGCUUGUGCAAAGUAGCAGACCUGGCUGACUUUGUGAAAGUGGCACACCCGGACCCGUCCUUCCGUGAGGCAGCAGAGAAGACAUGUAUAGAGAUCGGCACAGUUGUAGAAAAACUCAACACCAAUGUUGACCUUUGUAGAAGUUUAAAGAAUUUGUUGGAUAACAAAGAAGUUUUAGCUCAGUUGGACCCAGAAACAAGGAAAGUGGCUGAGCUGUUCAUGUUUGACUUUGCGAUCAGUGGAAUUCAUCUGGAUGAAAAACUGCGGAAAGAGGCUGUCAAGCUUCACGUCAAGCUCUUGGAUCUAAACAAUGAGUUUCUUAUGGGCUCUCACCUCCCAAACAGAAUAGCAAAGUCAGCUAUACCUGAGCACAUUCAUUGCCACUUUGCAACGGAGGGCAGUUUCAUUCAGAUUGGGGGUCUACACGCUGAGUCCUCUAAUGACCUGGUUCGGGAGGUUGCCUAUAGGAUUUUCCUCUACCCAAAUGCAGAUCUGAUGGAGUGUCUGGAAGAGCUGUUGAAAUGCAGGAACAAACUGGCCAAACUGGUGGGCUAUGAGUCUUACGCACACAGAGCUUUACAGGGGACCAUGGCCAAAACCCCAGAGACUGUGAUGAACUUCCUACAGCUACUGACGGACAAACUCUCCGAAAGAACCGCAAUAGACUUUGAGAUGAUUAAAGACAUGAAGACAAAACUCAACCCCCGUAAUGCGGAGCUCAUGCCAUGGGAUCCUCCAUACUUCAGUGGUGUGUUGCGUGCUGAAAGGUACAACAUUGAGCCCAGCCUCUACAGCCCCUACUUCUCCCUGGGGUCUUGUAUGGAGGGACUGAACAGCCUCUUCACCCAGCUCUAUGGAGUCUCUAUCAUGUCCGAACAUCCAAGUGUAGGAGAGGUGUGGAAUGAUGAUGUCCGCAAACUGGCUGUAGUUCAUGAGACAGAGGGGUUGCUGGGAUACAUCUACUGUGACUUCUUUCACAGAGCAAAUAAACCUCACCAGGACUGCCACUUCACCAUCCGCGGUGGGCGGCAGUGCCAAGAGAGCGGACAGUACCAGCUGCCUGUAGUGGUGCUGAUGCUGAGCCUGCCCCUCCCCACCAAGAGCGCCCCCACCCUGCUCACGCCGAGCAUGAUGGAGAACCUGUUCCACGAGAUGGGUCAUGCCAUGCACUCCAUGCUAGGGCGCACACGCUACCAACACAUCACAGGAACCAGAUGUGCCACUGACUUUGCUGAGGUCCCCUCUAUUCUCAUGGAGUACUUUGCCACUGAUUAUCGUGUAGUGAACCAAUUUGCCCGCCAUUAUCAAACAGGACAGCCUCUGCCUCAGAGCAUGGUGGCUCGUCUGUGUGAGUCCAAAAAGGUGUGUGGUGCGGCAGACACUCAGCUACAGAUUUUCUACUCUGCUCUGGAUCAAAUGUAUCAUGGAAAACCACAAAACCGAUCAACGACUGAUAUCUUAAAGGACAUGCAGCAGAAAUUCUACGGCCUACCGUACACUCCAAACACGGCAUGGCAGCUGAGAUUCAGCCACCUCAUUGGCUACGGGGCCAAGUACUACUCCUAUCUCAUGUCCCGCGCUGUGGCCUCCAUGGUGUGGAAACAGUGUUUUGUUCAGGAUCCUUUAAACAGGGACAUGGGAGAGCGCUACCGUAGGGAGAUGCUGGCCCAUGGGGGAGGGAAGGAGCCCAUGCUCAUGGUGGAAGGGAUGCUGCAGAGACAGCCCACCAUUGAGGACUUUGUGGACGCCCUGGUGACUGACCUGAACCCAGACUUUGAGACCUUCAUCAUGGACUCUACAAGCUGAUUAGCUUGAUCGAUCUUCAACUCUUCAAUUCAGUUUGAGCCACGACUUGAAUUGUGUUGCUGUGGAAUGGACUCACGUGAUCAGAAAAUGCAAUUAAUUAUUAAUCCUUUCAAAAGGCAGAUAACUGUAGCUGUAUGCAGUCACUGUAAACAUGUGUAUUUGUAUGCAAUUUUUGUAUACGAGCUAGCUAUUUAGUGAUUUGGCUCAACCAUAGGUUCUGUGUGGUUCAUGAAAGUAUGUGCAGAUCUGUGCAUAUACCACAUGUAAUAUACCAUACUGUCUUACACAUAUUUUUGUCAUUGAUGCAUAUCAAUUAUGGAAAGCACAAAAAGUACAUCAUUUAAUUCCGAAUAUUGCAAUAUUGAGCUAUGUAAUCUUCAGCACUUUGAGAAUGUAUGUUUGAAAUAUCUGUUCCAAUAUCCAUGAAAUAGAUACGUUGAAGUAUGUAGACAUUAUUUGUAUAAUCUGCCCAAGAGAAAAUACUCAUAUCUGUGAGCGUUGAAUAUCAUUUUCUGCAAAAGUAUGAGCAGUUCAUUGUUAUUUCUUGUUCAGAUCAGACAGGACAAAUACAACACCUGCUAUUCCUGACAUAGUGUUUUGACUUAAAUGCAAAUGUGCUCCCUCUGAUUUGUCUGUGUUUCUGUUAAGGAGGGAGGGGAGGGGGUGGGAUAGGAGGUUAUGGGCUGAGAAGGAAGGAUAGAGUCUCUUAGGUGUUGUGAAUUGGAGAUUUAAGGGAUUUCUGAUUAAUUCACACAGAACGUGAUCCAGACUGUGACGACUAGCUAAAUCAAGUACCUCCGGCUAUUGCAUCUGCUUCAACAGAUUCUGCCUCUAAUUACCAGGGGCUGAGGCUACAGCUGCUCCCCAUACAAUGUCCUUACUUGCCUAGCACUGAUAUCAGACCUGGGGAAUCACCCAUCAAGGUGGGAUUUACUUCAGAUGGUUAAUCAAGGUGUGAACAUGCUAUCAAAGGGAGUGAGCUGGGUAGCUGUAACCACAUGUAGGCCUACUGUACAUCGCACAGAGCCAUAAAUAAAUUCCUAAAUAGGAAAUCA